AGGAUCCGCCGGGCCUAGACUAAUCAGAUCUUGCAUCUACACGUCCUGUGCUUUUCACUUUCUUUUAAUAGAAGAAAUUUCCAGUGCUUCACUCGCUCAUCCGUGGUUCUCAUAACUCAUACAAAGGCCACAUUCACUUGUACCGUCGAUUCUUGUUACUUCGGACGUUGAAUUCGAUCUUACCAUUCUGUUCACGAACUUACGAAAAUUCUUCACAUAUCACAGUCUUGGGCAAAGAAAGUCCCCAAUAUCAACAACGGCUGCAGGCUCAAAGCAGACCAUGACACUCUCCAUGCUUUGCCGGGCUGCAAGGCCUACGGUACUCAGCCAAACACCGGCGACUGCAGCAGUCUUCACUCUAUGCAUGAGGCAGGCCCAUUCUCUUUCAGCAAUACACGCGGGCAUCCGGAGGUCGAGCAAAAAUGAAUCCAGCAUGACAUACGCCGAGAGGAAGGCAGCAAGAGAGGCACUACCCAAACCGACUUACAAGAUCCGGAAGGGCAAGAAGGACAUCACCGAAUACCCCGCCAAGGCCGACCCCCAAUCACGACGGGCUCGUUUCUACGAUCCCGAAUCCAAGUUUGGCAAGAGAAGCUUGGUGUACAAGCUCAAGACCGGUCAGCUGGAUGAGGAUGUGAAGGAUGCGCUGGUGCGUGAAACGGGAAAGGCUCCCUGGAAGGAGAAGGAGGCCAAGACGGGCGCAAAGAAGUCUGAUUCAAAGUCUGCGUCCAAUUUCAACAAGGAUCUCUUGGACCCAGCAGCCUUUCACGCGGCCUUCGCGGGAGGUUCAUCAUCAGAGCCCGCCAAGUCUGAGAAGCCCGAGAGGCGGACAUCAGCACCAUCCAGGGACAUUCGCAGGGCACCCCGUCAGGACUCUUUUAGGGAACCCCGCCGGGAUUCUUUCAGGGAGCCACGAAGUGAGCCACGGAGAGAGAGCUUCAGCAGAGAACCCCGGGAGUUCCGCCGGGAACCACGGAGGGAGGGCUUCAGCAGAGAGCCCCGCGAAUUCCGCCGGGAACCACGGAGGGAGGGCUUCAGCAGAGAGCCCCGCGAAUUCCGUGAUGAUGACAAUGGUUUCAGGAAACCUCGGGAGGAGCGCACUGUGGAAAUCAACGAGGAGCUCCGCGACGCUAUCGAUGAACCAUACCCAGAGCCCAGGGAACCUACGAGGGACAGCUUCAGGGUAUCCCGCAGCGAACGUAGGGAACAAAGGCCUGAAAGGAGGGACUCCUUCAGAGACACUCGCAGCAGCACACGGGAACGGAGAGAGACCGACAGAACCCCUCGCAGGGAAUUGCACAGAGAUAUCGACGGGGAAACACCAAAAUCGCUAUCCAUCCCUUAUACCACCGCGGCCUCUCAAUUCUUGUACGGCACUUCAGUGGUAGAGGCAGCUCUUCAGUCGGCAAGACGAAAGCUUUACAAGCUCUACAUCUAUGCUGGAGCGAACCGUGAGAAGCUGGCCAAGGACGCCGCCAUUCAAAAGCUCGCACAACGGAACAAGGUUGAGACCGUCUUCGUCAACGAAGGAGGCCUCAAGAUGAUGGACAAGAUGAGCGGAUCUCGCCCGCACAACGGUUACAUUCUGGAGGCGUCCCCGCUCCCACAACCACCCGUGAUCUCUUUGGGAGAGGUGGUUGACGCCGAGAGCGGCCAAGGAACAACCGGUUACAAGGUUGUCCUGGGCCACCAGUCGCACGAGGAGGCCUUGAUCAACGGCAAAUCCGAUUUUGUCUCUGCGUCCAGCACCACCCAUAAGCCUUUGGUCGUGGUGGUAGAUCAGAUCUUGGAUCCCGGCAAUCUCGGUGCCAUUCUCCGCAGCGUCAGCUUCCUGGGCGCCACCGCCGUUGCCAUUACCAAGAGGGAAUCGGCGUCUCUGACCCCGGUUGCGCUCAAGGCUUCUGCGGGCGCAUCCGAGUCGCUCAGCCUCUUCUCGGUCGAUCAUCUUCCCAAGUUCCUUCAGGACUCGAGGGAGAAUGGCUGGUUGGUCUAUGCGGCCGUCCCGCGCACCAGCGGCUCUGGUAACCUGCAGAAGCACCUGGAUCUUCAUGAGAUCGAGGAAAUCGAUCCUCUGCGCAAGAACCCUUGCAUUCUCCUGCUCGGUAGCGAGGGCGAGGGUCUCCCUGGACAAAUCAAGAGCAAGGCGGAUUAUGAGGUCAAUAUUCCCAACAUGUCAGGUGGGACGGUGAUCGACAGUUUGAACGUUAGCGUUGCGGCGGGCUUGCUUACCUCGGCCUUUAUGAAGGGACAGGUGAAGUCGGAGUUUGAGCAGUUCAAGGUUCAGGAGGAGAAGUCGCACCUUUGGUAAAGGUGAAGAGAGCGAGGAGACGUGAGGGGGGUCGUCGGUGAUGACUUCCAUAUCCAUUGUUGGUGUACGAUAAAGCCGUGUACGAGUGUCGCAUCUACGAGCACAGCAGGUAUAGAUUUUGAUGAUACCACAAAACUUAGAAUAGAUACCCAUCAUUGAUAGAGA